GUAACUCCAGUCAGCAGUUUGAGCUGGGAGAGGGAAGUGGUGUAGUGGCUCUGCUGCUGCACAUCUUUCCAGUGAAGUGGAGGUUCAGGGUAUAAAAUCUCAGCAGUGAGCACAAAGUGCUGCACAUCACGAAGAAGCACCAAGCUCUGCAAGACGGAACACCUCCCCGUUCUGACUUACAAUGGCUCAGAGCAAAGAACUUGUGUCUACCAACGAAGUAUGGAGUCCAGUGUUCAUUGAGGAGCUUCUCCCGUGUUCUCAGAAGGUCUCCCUGCUGUACCACCUCUCCUACCUGUGUUUGGGUAAAUUCUCCAACUGUGAGCGGCUGCUCCGGAUGCGAGCGCUGGAAACCCAGCUUCUCUUUGGAUCUUCCGAGGCUGUCCUACUGAAGUGUUCGGGCACCAGUCAGAACUUAGUUUCGGCCCUGUUUCCAAUGCUGAAGCUUGCUGUUGAAAAAAAUAAACCGGCGCUGGCUAAGAAUUACCUGGAGAAGGCAAGAACUUGGAUCGAGGAAAUUAUUCAAGAUGUGAACCAGAUAAUAGAAAGAUACGAUCUACUCAACAAAAACGUGGCCCUAAGCACCCUUGACAUCAAAGCUGAAAAGACAGAGAUGGAAAAAAAGUCCACUCAGCUGCUCCAGGAAAAUGAAGAAAUAACGAAAACGCUAAAGACCCUUGAAGAGAUGCUGGAUGAAACCAAUGAAAAGCUGACAGAGGCAGAGAAAUCGAUUGGUGACAAAAAUCUCGAGCUGCAAAAUCUUGUCAAGCAUUCUGUAAGCUUGAGUACACAAGCAAACAAGCGCUUUGAACAGCUAUCUGCUUCCGUGCCGUUCACUGGAGUCACUAUUGAGUGCAGUAGUGAUUUGAUAACUUCUCUUGCUGCUGUUGAGAAGAUCAACACUCUCCGAUCUGAAGUCAUCCGCCUCGCUUCUGAAAAGGCCACGCUGAGUCAGAAGCAAUGGGACGUACAGGUCCAGAUAAUGGAUUGGCAAAUGAAGCUGGCCAAACAGAAGAUUGACCAAGGUUCUAUCCCGGAUCAAAUCCACCUCGGAAACGUUCAGCACAAUCUGUCUAUUAUCCAGCAAAUUUUUAAUAAGCUUGGGAAAUUUUGGGAAAAGAUGCACAAGAGCUUGGGCAUAAUCAAAGACAAGACCUUUGUUGAUGAAGAUUUUGUUGAGCCUGACCUAAAAGAAGGUUUUUUGGCGACAAUAGAAAAAGCCUUGGAGAUUUGGGAACGUUUUGGCAGCUCCUGUUGUAAAGGUGUUCAGAUAUUCAGAGCGCAGUCCAGGGAUGCCUACCGCUUCCUGGAGUUCGACCCGUCCUCCCUGUCAGAGGAGGAGUGGCAGAAAGAAUACACCAGAGUGAAAAAUCAGCUGAGGGAAAUUAAAGUGUUCAGCGGGGAGUACAACAGCAACCAAAUCACCCAAGCAGAGUGAUGUAUAUGCUAAUGCACAUCUCUUCGUGAUACCAUUGGUAGAGCUAGUCUUACUGUGAUUAUCAGUAGUUACGCUGUAUUACAGUAAUAUUACUUGUUGGUUCUUUCUGUAAUUAUAAUUAUUCCUUCUAUAAAAAUAAUCACGUUUGAUGUGGUGCAAAACUGCCGUCACUCUCUUUCACUGUUUACAUGCACUUAUUAAGCCUUAAAAAGCCAGUAGUUGGCUGCUCAUUAGUCCAUUAUUAUUACAUACACUCACCGGCCACUUUACAACCUGACUCUACAAGUCUGGCACCAACAACCACGCCACGUUCAA